AUGGCUACCCCUAGUGUCCUCGCUUUUGACGCUGAGGGUCGGGCCAUUGACUUUGAGGUCUGGGUAGAUGACCUGCAGCUGUUCUUACAGUGCGAUAGGGCAGACGGCCUCUCUCUCUUUGACCUCACCUCUGGCGCUUCCCCUGCCCCUGCUGCUGAUGCUGACGCCACUGUUCGUUCCCAGUGGGCCACGCGCGACGCUACUGCACGUCUUGCUGUGCGCCGCCACCUCCCUACCUCCGAGCGUGCACACUUUAGUCAGUACAAGAGUGCUCAGACCUUAGUAGUCAGGGACCACUUCCUCGAAGUGUGCCCCACCACUCUCACCAUUGACCUCCUCGAGAAGUCCCUCCUAGCGGCGGAGAAGAGCAUCGUCGCUGUAGGAGCCUCUCGUGGUGACCCCCGCACCCCUGUCUUUGAGGGUCGGUCGGCGCUGCGUCUGCCCCUUCGGGGAAGCGCCGCACAGGCAAGGGCAAGGGGGGCAAGGGCGCUGGAGGAGCUGGCGGGGGCGGUGGAGGUGGCGGUGGAGGCGGCGGAGGGAGUGGGGGUGGUGGUGGGAGUGGUGGAGGGGGUGGGGGUACUGGUGGCAGCAGUGGGGGCGGAGGCGGCGGCGGUGGCGGAGGGAGCGGAUGAGGCGGUGGUAGCGGUGGCGGCGGAGGCGGCGGUGGUGGUGGGGGCGGCGGAGGCGGAGGAGGAGGCGGAGGUGGCGGUGGAGCAGGUCGUGGGUCUACGCAGAGGAGUGGCUCCGGUGGUGGUCCGCGCCAGGAGCAGCAGCGUGGUCGUGAGACCCUGUCCCCUCAGCAGCUCCGUGAGUGGUACACUGCACGCCAGCGGGGUGGGGGUUUUGGUCCGUGCACCUACGUCCUGCGCACCGAUGACCGUGCGGGUGAGCAGUGUGGGGGUGCGCACCCCACCCAGCGCUGCUUUGGCCGCCUGA